CACAUCCACCCACCCAGCCAUCUAUCCUUCCAUACAUCCACCCACCCAGCCAUCUAUCCUUCCACCCAUUCACCCACCCAUCCAUCAUCGAUCUCUCCAGCCAUCUAUCCAUCUCUCCAACCAUCCAUCCACCCACCCACCCACCCAUCCAUCGAUCCAUCCAUCCAUUCAUCCAUCCAUCUGUCCAUCCGUCCAUCCAUCCAUCCAUCCAUCCAUCCAUCCAUCCAUCCAUCUAUCCAUCUAUCAAUCCAUCUAUCCUUCCACCCACCCACCCACCCACCCACCCAUCUCCUUCCACCCACCCAACCAUCUAUCCUUCCACCCAUUCACCCACCCAUUCACCCACCUACCCAUCCAUCAUCGAUCUAUCCAUCAAUCUAUCCAUCUCUCCAACCAUCCAUCCCCCCCAUCCAUCCAUCCAUCCAUCCAUCCACCCAUCCAUCCAUGCAUCCAUCCAUCUAUCCAUCCAUCCAUCCAUCCAUCCAUCCAUCUAUCCAUCCAUCAUCAAUCCAUCCGUCCGUC